GCCGAUUAAAACAAGCCGAAGAAGAAGAGGAGGAAGUGGUUCCGGUUGGUCAUUGUCGGUGUUGCUCACAUCGAACAGGAAAGAUGAAUGCCCCUCCAGCCUUCGAGUCGUUUCUUCUUUUCGAAGGAGAGAAAAAGAUCACCAUCACCAAAGACACCAAAGUCCCAAACGCGUGUUUGUUCACCCUGAACAAGGAGGACCACACUCUGGGAAAUAUCAUCCGAGCUCAGCUGUUGAAGGAUCCUCAGGUGUUGUUCGCUGGUUACAAAGUUCCUCAUCCUCUGGAGCACAAGAUCGUCAUCAGAGUGCAGACCACACCUGACUACAGUCCACAGGAGGCAUUUACGAACGCCAUCACUGACCUCAUCAGUGAGCUGUCUCUGCUGGAGGAGCGCUUCAGAGUUGCCAUCAAGGACAAACAGGAAGGGAUUGAGUGAAGCCCCUCCCCCUUGAUGAUUUCACAACCUGUUUGUAGCAUCUGAUUGUGUUUGAUUGUUAUUUUUAUUUUUGUAAAUAAAGUGUGAUGUCACAUCCUGCAGUUUGUUCAGUGUGGGAUGUAACUGUCACUGUUUGUCAGUUGA